AUCUCGCAAGGUGCGCGAAGUCGCUCGCGCAUCGAAAAUCGAUACGGUACUAGAUGGAACUACGAAACAAGCGCGAUAAUGCAACGGGAUGCGGGAUUAUAUGUGAUGAUGAUGACAACCCGACGCGAUCUCGAGAACAAGCGAUUUGAUGAAAUAAACAGAGACUUAUAAAAGCCAUGUGCAACUAGCACGUAAAAUCACGUCAUGGCUUCCCGGACGCACGUGCGGCGUGUCAGGAUGUUGUACAAGACGAUCUUGAGGUUACAUCGCGGUUUACCGGCCGAGAUUCAAUCUCUAGGUGAUAAUUACGUUCGUGACGAGUUUAGAAGACACAAAAAGUGCGUCGAGAGCGAAGCGAUAACUUUUCUCCACGAAUGGACUGAUUACGCGGUCUGUCUUGCCGAACAGCUUGGGUUAAGGGGUCCUCAUACGGCGAAACAGCUCGGCAAAUAUUUAAAGGAGAAGGAUCUCGAGAAAUUGCGAGACGAGCAAGUGUGCCAAUUGUACGAAUUGAUGAUCGCGGCAACGGGAGGAAAGACAGAAGAUAAUACAAACGAGAAAACGUAGCAUAUUGUUUACAUUGUUUCAUUUAUCUAAUAAUUCGAUAGUACUUAAGAAUCUCUUAAGGAAUUGUACGUUGCGAAUAAAGAUGUAAUUUAUCGUUGAAAAGUCAGUUAUAAUAAAGUUUCGAUUAUUACUUAA